AUGUCGAAAGCGUUCGACACAAUAUCCAGGCACCGUUUGCUCACUAUAUUAGCUAGCUUCCUUGAGAAUGAUGAGGUCACCAUUAUCUCCUACCUACUCAGGAACACGUCCCUUGAGGUCCGGCUACCUGGAGGGAAGAGCGAGCAGUUCCAGACCACCCGAGGCACACCACAGGGUGACUCACUAUCACCUGUCCUAUUCGUUAUCUACCUGGAGGCAGCGCUUCGGGAGGUGAGACAGAUUAUCUGCGCAAGACCCGACCUAGAUGUCAGGCUCGGCUUGCCAACUGAUACAGAGUACGCCGACGAUGUCGACUUCCUAUCGUCUGACUGCAAACGUAUUCAAGAGCUCCUGCCCGACAUUGCAAAGUGCCUCAAAGCCUGGGACCUCAACAUCAAUGAAUCUAAAACAGAACUCACAAACAUCACACGGCUGAACGACAGAGUGUGCGAGGAAUGGCGCCUCACUAGGAAGCUGGGCUCCCUCAUUGGUGACCACGAGGAUGCUGCGCGGAGAAUGCAACUCGCCACAGCUGCCCUGCACCGGCUCUGGGCAUUAUGGAUACGAGGUUCCAUUGUAAACGAAUCGCUGAGAGUACGGCUAUACAAGGCAUUCGUCUUACCGGUCCUGUGCUACAACAACGGGACUUGGGGCCUCACUGGCACCGCUAUGCAUAGAGUUGAUGCGUUCCACAGACAACAACUGCGGAAAGUUAUUGGCAUACGGUACCCAGCUAAGAUCAAGAAUAACACCCUGUACAAGAGGACAAACUCAACACCACUUGGUAUCUCGAUCCUGGGAGCCCGCUGGCGUCUGUUUGGGCACGUGCUGCGGCUGGACCAGAGUGCACCGGCGAACCUGUCAAUGUGCUCCUACUUCAAGCCAUCCACUGAGCCUACCUGGAGGGGCAGGCCGCGCACAACUCUGCCGGUCGUGCUCAGACACGAUCUCGAGCUGGUUGGGAGGACCCUCAAGACCUCGGCAGAUCUUGAGGAGCUGAGGAGCAUCGCCCAGAAUCGCGGGGCGUGGACCUACCUCAGCGGCCGUAUCCUGGAGAGAUAUGUUGCUGCUCACAGAUGA